UAAUGAUCACUCUUAACGACGCUUGGAGAUUGUGCAAAUUCAAGAUGUCGCUGCGAGAAGCCCCACGAAGCAGCGUCAAAAUUGCACAAACUGCGGUGGUCUGCUCAGAAUGUGAGCUGAAAGGUGACAUCACUAUUGGAGCCAGGACCGUUGUGCAUCCAAAAGCCAAGAUUCUUGCAGAAGCUGGACCAAUCAUCAUCGGCGAGAAUAACCUUAUUGAAGAGCAAGUAGAGAUAACUAACAGAGGUCCAAUGCAGAGUCCAGGCUCUCCCUCGAAGAACCAGUCCGUCGUCAUCAUUGGUAGUAACAAUGUCUUUGAAGUGGGAGCCAAUUGCGAAGCAGCCAACAUCGGUGACAACAACGUCUUAGAAGCAAGAUGUUACGUGGGCCGCGAGACCUCACUCAGCAAUGGGUGCAUCAUUGGGGCGAUGUGCAAUGUCACCAGCAAGGAGUUACUGCCGGAAAAUACAGUCCUGUUUGGGUCGCAAUGCCAGAGGAGAGUUCAGGCGGAGAGACCCCCACCCCAAACUUUACAGCUGGAUUUCUUGUCCAAAAUCUUACCAAACUAUCAUCAUCUGAAGAAGACAAAGACUCACAGAAAAGAGUGAAGGACCGUUGCUUAUAGAAAGUGGAAAUAUUUAUUCGAUCUGGCGUAGGAUUUAUCGGGAGGACUGACAUAUUACACCAUCGCUUAUCUUCUUGUGGGAUUGGAGGACGCUUGGUGGCUGCUGUAGAUUCUUAUGGACUAUUAAUCGCUGUCAAGUUUCUUGGUGUGAAGUGGGGGAGGAUGUUCCUUUCUUUGCUUACUGCAUUUACAGACAUCACAGACUUUUUCCAAGUCAUUUCAAAUAAGAAAAACCUCUGAACGGCGGACACCUCUCUGCUCCGAAUUGCGGACUGGGCGAUGGCCAAUUUUUGGUCCAAUUCCCUCCCAAUUACAGACAGUAGGCAAAAACAAUGGUUUCCCAUGUGCGCUUGGAGAGUCAAGUAGGCCCGACGGGUGUGAUAUUUGCGUAAUUAAUGAACGUAAUUACCCCAUGGCAUUGUGUUUUUGUAUCCUAAUUAAGCCGCGGCAUUUGUUUACACAUCUUUUCAACUAAUCAUAUAGGCCUAUUGUGUCAAAGGACACUCAUAAAUCCACGCGGUUUUGUCAGUGUUGCGGCGAAUAUGUGUUAGUAGAGAAAUUAGAAAAAAUUGAUUGUUAAUAAAAGGUGGCUGAUGGACA